AUGGUAUUAGAUGGAGAUGAAUAUAAAGAAGAUGAAAGGACUAAAAUAAGUGUUACCCAUCUUUCUAUGAAUAUUGGUAAAUUAAUAUCUAAUGCUUAUACAUCAAAACUAUAUAAAGCUUAUAUAAAUUCCUUAGGUGCGGGUCCGCUAGUGUCUAAAAAAUCUUUUAGAGAUUAUCUAAAAGAAUUCUUAGAAAUUGAUAAACAAUCUGUGUUUAAAACUAGUGAAUUCUGUUUACGUCUAUCUGGUAAGUUAAUCGAUAUUAUGUGCAGUUGUAACAUUUUAGAGGUUAAAGUUAUUACCUCUAAUGACGGUAAAAGUAGUAUGGCUAUUUUAAGGUUAACCGAUGAGAUAGAAAAAAAACAAAAUAACCAAAAUCCUAUAGCUAUAUUACCUAUUAAUUUACCUAUGAUAGUCUCUCCUAAGAAGUAUUCUAAACGAGAAUUGGGUGGUUAUUUGCUUAAUAACGAGGAUAAUGAAAUUUAUUGAGCUAUAAAUAAUAUGAUGGCAACUCCUUUUAAAAUUAAUAAAGAUUUAUUAAACUAUUUAUUAAAAUAUAACCAUCUCCAUAGGUUGCUAAUAAGUUCUGAUUAUAUUCACCCUUUAGCUAAUAUAAAACGUAACAAGAGACAAGAAAGAGAAUAUCAGCAAUUUUUAAGUAAAGUAAUGUUAGAAAAACAUAUUUUAUUAAUAGCUAACAUCUUUUCUAAUGUUCCUGAAACAUAUAUUCCUUUAAGAUUAGAUCAAAGAGGAAGAAUAUAUCCUACUACUGCGUAUUUUCAUUACCAAGCUAGUGAGUUGGCUAAGGCUUUAAUUUUAUUUGCUAGACCAGAUACAAUAAAAAGAACAAAUAGAGAAGCUAUAGAAUAUUUAAAAGCUUAUGGUGCUACUUGUCAUGGAAAUGGUUUAAACAGAAAAUUUUAUACUAUAAGAUUAGAAUGAGUUGAAAACAAUUGAGAUAGAAUUCUAGAUUUUGAAAAUAAUAAAUUAUUUCUAGAAGCAGAUGAUAAAUAUCUCUUUUUAUAUUUUUGCUUUGAAAUGAGAAGACUUAAUAAUUUCUUAAAUAAUGAGUUUAUGCUAGAGUUUAAACCAAAUCUACCUAUACAAUUAGACGGGACAUGUAACGGAUUCCAACAUUUAGCUUUAUCAUCUAAUGAAACAUCAAUCUUUGAUAAAUUAAAUCUAGGAAGUAGUAAUAAGAGUAAAGAUCCCUUGGACUUUUAUAGUCAUAUAGUAUCGCUAAAGGACUUGUUAGUGCAUUGAGAGGAAUAUGACGUAAAGGUCUCAACUCUUACUAAGGAAGAAGAAGAAGAAUCUCCCGAUUCACAAAAGGGAAAAGAGAUGAUUAAGGAGUUAGAAGAACAAAUUAUAUCUAUCAAAAGGGUACAGGCGUUAGGUAUAAACAGGAAAACUAUAAAACCUGUGAUUAUGAAUAAACCUUAUAACGCAACAAAUAGAACUUUGGUUAGUUCUAUUAAGGGGAUAUUAGCUUGGGACCAUACUGAUGAACAUAAGGUAUUAGGUGAUCCAGAUAAUCUAGAGUUAGAUGGUAACAAAAAACCUAGGGUUGAUUAUACCACUUGAUAUAAGAUAGAUCAAGGGUCUAAUAACCUUGUAAAUUAUAAGGAUAUAGAGUUAUUAGUUAAAAACAUAGAAGAGAUUAUUCAUGUAAAAUAUCCUAAGAUAAAAUUCUUGACAAAUUAUUUCAAUGAAAUAGGUAAAAUCUUAAACAAAUUAAAUUUACCUAUAACAUGAAGAUUACCCCAUGGAUUAGUUGUUAGUCAGAGAUAUAUGAAAGAACAUAUAUUAAAAAUAAAACCUUUUACAUAUCUUUCUAAUAGUUUGAGUUUAAGUAUUACAGACAAGAUAAAAAAGGAUAAAAAUAAACAAUUAUUAGCUUUUAGGCCUAAUUUAGUUCAUUAUUUAGAUGCUGCUACUUUAACUUUGCUAUAUGUCUCUUUAGCUAAACCCACUAACCAAAAAGAUACUAAAUAUAUAGAUCUUCUAAUAAAGAGAUUAAGAACAGUGUAUAUUAAUACAUACUCAGACAAAGGAUAUAUUCAUAAAUUUGAUGAGGAUAUUAUAAAUACAAUUACUAUUACACAAGGUGAGAGUAAAUGUAAAUAUUCUCCCGAAACUAGAACUAUUUAUAUAAAUAAAAAGAAAAUAGUUUUACCUGACUUAUCAGAAUUCCUUAAUGUACCAAAUAAAGAAAGAGUUUAUGAAAGGCUAAGUAAGUCUAUAUUCUUAGUAAAAUAA